AUGGCAAAGAAAACCUGCUUGACAUGCCGGUCCCGCAAGAUCCGCUGCGACGGCACCGAGCCAAUCUGCAAUCGGUGUAUCAAGUCCAACAGAGAAUGUAUAUUUUCGACAAAGCGAACUGGGCCCAUUGCAUUCCGGCAUAGCAAACUGUCCGCGCUGGUGGCCGCCGUGGAGCAAACCGACCCGCGAUCGCCAUCAAAUGUCGGCUCAGAGGAGUUACCAUCAGGCAAUGGAUUCCGACUCGCCUCGCCACUCUCGGUGGCCGAGGUCAUCUUGAAGUCCUCAGUGCCUUCGGUGAAUGCAAACUCACCAUCGUCUCAACAAAAUACCAUUUGUAGUAUUUCCUCCCCAACGACCAGCCUAACAACCGCUACGCAGGGAUAUGACUUCUCGGAUAAUACACAGUCAGAAGAUCCCAGCCUAGAGCUGCAGGCGGCGACGCCUUAUUCGCCGUCUCGGCCCAUUUUCGACAACCAAGGUGCUUCCAACUGCACCUAUGAUCAACAGGUCCCACGACCGCUAAAUUCAAUUGAGGGCGAGCUAUUGCAUUUUUAUGUACAGAAUAUAGGUCCUUGGCUUGAUGUCACUAGCCCCGAGCGGCAUUACACCUAUACGGUGCCCCGGCUUGGAUUGCACUGUCAACUUCUCCAUACGGCUAUCAUGGCUUGUUCCGCCCAUGUGAUGAGACUGCUCGAUCAGAGCCGCACCAACCUGACCGCAGUAGAAGAGCAAUAUCAAUCUGAAUGCGUCGGGCUGCUCAUCCCAAUUCUGGAUGAUGUCAGACUAGCAGUCCAAGACGAUGCCGUCUUGGCAACGAUAGUCAUCCUGCGCAUGUCCGAGCAAUAUGACGAGUAUCACGUUGACCGACAGUGUCAUCUGGUCCCGGGAGCCUUUUCCCAUCUGGGACAUUCGGUGACAGCCUCCACAGCAGCCGGGGGUCUGCUGCAAGCGACCUUUUACUCAUACGUGCGCGCAGAUAUCCGGAUGGCUAUCCUGGGACAGUGUCGGACCAAGCUAUCGGUCGACAGUUGGCCACUGGAUGAAAGUUCCCCGUCCAAUGACGCAGAUUGGGCCAACCGCAUUACCUGGCUCUUAGUGCAUGUCAUCAAUCUCUGCUAUGGAAACGAGGAUGGCAUGCAAGGUAUUCAGUCUUACGAACAGCUCUACAUGUUGAUUGAUGACUGGAAAGCACAUAUCCCGUCAACAUUUGAGCCAUAUUUCUACGAAGACCGCGAAAAUACAGCAUUCCCCAUUAUCCGGCUUUUGUGUCCAUGGCAUGUGGUCGGUCUUCAGUUCUACCACACUAGCAAAAUCCUUUUGGCCACGCAUUACCCAUUGCAGGGUGCAUUUAAUGAUGCCCUUUCGUUCAAUAAAUUUAUCAAGAUAGCCAUACUCCCGCAUGUGCGAAACCUUUGCGCCCUCUCAUUCUCCAAUGAGCAUUACGGAUGCCGCAUCAAUUCCUCGCAUUGUCUAGCAACAGGCUCCCGAUUCUUCACCGGUCGCGAGGAACAGGAUCGGAUUUUGGAUUACUUUGAUAUGCUACAGCAUAAACAGGCAUGGCCGAGCCGAGCAUGUAAGGAGAUGCUUAAUGAAGCAUGGGCGAUAUGA